AUAUUGCCCUUUUCCUUCAAGAGAUAGGAAAACCAAAUAUAGUAAGAAAAUUAUGGCAAACAACUAACAAAGCAGGGUUAAAUGUUGCCGAACAUUGUAGGGGAUUGCCUCUUGUCAUUGUGCUGAUUGCUGGAAUUAUACUGAAAACAGAAAGGGAGGCAUACUUGUGGCUGGAGUUUGCCAAUGACUUAAGUUCUCAUGUUUUAGGAGAGCAGAGCAUGAAGGUAAUGCAAUCAAGUUAUGAGCAUUUAGAAGACCACUUAAAGCCUUGCCUUCUUUACAUGGGAUUGUUUCCAGAAGACCAUUUAGAAUGCUGCACACUUCAUGAUGUAGUGCGUGAAUUUUGCUUGAGAAAACUUACAGAAGAAAAGUUUAUGCAGCUCACAGUGCCAUACAAUCCAUAUGAUCAACAUUUGUAUCCCCAAGAAUCACGGUUAUGCAUUUAUAUUCAUGAUGAUCUUGUUAAUCAAUUAGAUCAUUCUGAAUAUAUGUUGGAUAAGAUUCCAAUGCUCGAGUCCAAGUACACAAAGUGUUUAGGUGAAUGUCCUAGGUCUUUGGAGUUCAUUGCUCAUCCAAAUUUCAACACAUGGAACAGAUCAAAUCCUUUACCUUUACUUGUUAAACUAAGACUUGUUCGGGUGUUGAAUUUGAUGAAAGUGGAGUUGCCAAGUUCUUGGGCUACAGCAGUACAAUCGCUAACUCACUUGAGGUACCUUGAGAUUUUUGUCGAAGAAUUUGAUUUCAAGUGGAUAUCACAUCUACAGGAGCUUCAGACUCUAGUGGUUGAUUCAGUUCAGUUUCUAAGGACAUCGCCGGUAGCUAUCUUGAAAAUGAUGAAGCUAAGGCAUGUGAAUAUAGACAGAUUGACCAGUGUAUGGGAAGACAAUGAUCGAGCAAUUUUUGAAGAAUCUUCAACAACUAUGCUAGAGAACUUGAAGACCUUCCUCUCUUGUCGUAUACGUCUGGAUGAGAAAAAUCCAAGGUCCUGGUGGAGGUUCCCCAAUCUUGAAGAACUCAGCCUCCGCAUUAUUGCUGAUGUACCUAGUUGUCCUUUGUUUCCCAUACCGGAAGUUCAUGCUCACCUUCAAUCUCUUGAUCUGGUUGUAACCCCUAAGGGAUUCUGGAAUUCAGUUGGAUGGGAGAGCUACUUUGUCUUGCCGUCAAAUCUCAGGCAUUUGUGCAUUGGCGGUUGUUUCUUGACGGAAGAAAUGGUUUCAAACAUUGCAAGAUUGCAGAAGCUUGAGAGUCUCAAAUUAGAGAUUGGAUUUCCUUUGGGGAAUGUAGAGUACUGUUGGGACGUGAGAAAUGUCGAGUUCCCUGCACUCAAAUACUUGUCACUAUCCGCCGUGAAGAUGGUAGUAUGGAGUGCUUCAGAUGCAUCUUUUCCCAUGCUUGAGAAGCUAGUUCUAAGAAGUUGUUACUACUUCAAGGAAAUACCUCCUAGCUUUGUGGAUAUUCCAACAUUGCGACUAAUUGAACUGUUUGACUGUCCGGACUCUAUUGUGGUUUCAGCUAUGAAUAUUAAAACAGAAAUUGAAGAAAACACUGGAUGUGACAGUCUCCAAGUUCUUAUAUCCAACACACCUCCUACUUGUUCCAUUCGAAGAAGAACAGCAAGUGAAGACUAGUUUUCCUCUCGCUUGAAUGUGGAGGCGCUAUUAAUUCUAAGGCAGUUAAAUUGCAGUUUCCAUAAUCUCGAAAGAUACAAAAGGCGCUAGUUUUCAACAACUGAC